UUUCUUCCAUCCCAUAUACUUCUCUCCAAACAAGACAGAAAAUAAUAGUGAUGGGACUGCUUAUGCAACUAAGACUACCCCACGUCUUAUAUUUAAUCAUCAUCAUCAUCACCACCUUCCUCUUUUCUUCUUCCUGUUACUAUGGCAGCAGCACUGCCGAUGUUCUGCAAGUAUUGAACAACCCAAUAGCUGAUGAUCUCAACAACAACAAAAACAAUCAUAAUAGUGAUAAUUACUUAAUAUUCAACGAAACAGAUGAUGAAGCUGCUGCUGCUGAUGGCGAUUGUUAUCAUUAUUACGAUCCUUUUUCUGAACAAGCAGCAGCAUUGCCCAGCUGUUCGUAUAAUUUGCUCAGCACAGCAUCCCAAGAUGACGAUUUAGUCAAUGAGAACCUCAUCGCAAAUGCGUCCGUUAAAAUAGUUAACGUUGCCAACUUCGAAGACGAAGCCCAUGCAUCAGCUGAUGCCACUCAGGCAUUUAAGAAGGCUUGGGAGGAAGCGUGUGGAUCAUCAUCGAAGGGGGCUGUAGUUCUUGUGGUUCCCAAGAACAAAAACUAUCUCCUCAAGCCUAUUAGGUUCUCAGGACCUUGCAAGUCCCAUCUCACCCUCCAGAUAUAUGGAACGAUCGAAGCAUCUACGAACACAUCAGACUACGAGAAAGAUGAGAGAUACUGGCUUGUAUUUCAAAGUGUUGAAAACUUGGUAGUUGAAGGUGGUGGAACCCUCUACGGCAAUGGCAUGAUAUGGUGGCAAAACUCCUGCAAAUUCAAUAAAGCUCUUCCUUGCAAGGAUGCACCCACGGCUUUAACAUUCUACAAGUGCAAGAACUUGGUGGUGAGGAAGCUGAAGAUCCAAAAUGCACAGCAAAUUCAUGUUGCUUUCCAGAAAAGUUCACAUGUUCAAGCCUCCAAUCUCUUCGUAAGUGCACCAGAGAACAGCCCCAACACUGAUGGCAUCCAUGUCUCCAAUUCCCAAAGCAUUCACAUCUCAAGCUGCCUUGUCAGCACAGGUGACGACUGUAUUUCAAUCGUAAAUGGAUCAAAAAACGUACAAGCUGUGGACAUAACCUGUGGACCAGGUCAUGGAAUCAGUGUAGGAAGCUUAGGAGCACACAAUUCAAAAGCCCAUGUCUCAGAUGUGACAAUAAAUGGAGCUAGGCUUACGGGAACCACCAAUGGAGUAAGGAUCAAAACAUGGCAGGGAGGGUCUGGAAGUGCAAGCAACAUCAAAUUUCAAAAUGUUGAAAUGGAUAAUGUUCGCAACCCAAUAAUCAUAGACCAAAAUUAUUGUGACCAAAAGGAGCCAUGCUCAGAACAGGCAUCAACAGUUGAAAUAAAGAAUGUGUUGUACCAAAACAUCAAAGGAACAAGUGCUUCUGAAGUAGCCAUAAGCUUUGGGUGCAGUAAGAGCAUCCCAUGUGAGGGGAUAGUGUUGCAAAAUAUUAGUCUCAAUAGAGAGGGAGGGGGAACAUCCACUAAAGCUUUGUGCAACAAUGUUGAGUUCACUGAAAAGGGGAUUGUUUCCCCACAUUGUCCAUGAUGGGAAAUUAGGAAUUAAAUUUUAUUGGAAGGUAUAAUCAUAUUGGAUAACUAAAAACAAAAGUAGAAAUUAUAUAGGGGAUUAACCUCUUUAAGUGUUCUUACGUUUAUUGUUGAAAUGUGAGAUACGUGGUUGGUAGGUCCAAUUAUUGUUGGCCACUUGCCUUCAUACAAGUUAUCAAUAGCGAAACUUGAUUAUAAUCCAUGUUACUUGUAGACACCAGGCAUAGUGACACAUGAAGAGGCGAGCCUCCUUUAUAAUUUCUCUAUUUGGAGGUAAUGUGAGAUUUAUUAGGGUUAAGAUCAUUGUAUAGAUACAUACAUAAACGCAUGCAUAUACUAAUGUAUGAAUUAUGUGAAAAAAUAAAUUAGAGUUCCUUACUGUUAA